AUGGGUCGCCCUCUGGUGAUCUCGGAUUUUGUUUACGUCUGUUCGACGGCGCAGCGCUCGGCUGCGCAGCGGCGGGCCCGCGCCGCUGCGGCUCGUGGCGUCACCGUGGCCCGUUCCGAAGUGGAGCAGCUGAAGGCUAAAGUCGAGCUGAUAAAGCAGUCUCGCACCGCCGAUUCGCGCGCGCAGCAGGCUAGCAUGCCAUUGACGCCCUAUUUCCACGUCCCGAACUUCGCGAUGAGCUCGCCCAACGGCUACGGUCGCUCGGGGCGGCACUCCUGGUUUAUGCGCAGCUGGAUGCUGGCCUGGAUCUCGGCGCACUGGUGCGGCAUCAAAAAGGCGACCGACUGGGGCGGCAUCAAAAAGCAGCUGGUGGCGGAGUCUGCGGGCAGCGCGGAGCAGGAGCAGGAUCUUGCCCCCGUCCUGCAUGCGCUGGAGGUGGCGGAGUAUGCGGUGGAGCCCAAGGAACAUGCCGCAGCGCCGCUGAAUGUGCCUAAGGCGCUUGGCAUGAGGUGCGCAUGUGGCGCGCUGGUUUUCUCGUCGUGCGCUGAGCCUUCUGCUGGCGCGCCGCGCGGGACGGGGACGCCCUGGCUCGCGGUGAAAAAGCACUUCGAGUUCAGGUCGACGCGGUCUGGGCAGCUGAGCGGGAGAGGCUUUUGCGAGACGUCGAUGCUCUACGGGAUCUUCGUGGACAACCUCGUGUUUCUCGGCCUGCCGCGGCACGUGCCCGAGAGCGGCGUGGCCAUGCUUUUCGGCUUCGCCUUCGGCAUCGCCGUCAGGGUCCUCGACCUGCCUCAGGAGGAGUCCAUUCUCGUUUUCAAGAACAACGUCUUCUUCUACGGAUUGCUGCCGCCCAUCAUCUUCGAGGCUGGGACCCGAGGCGCAGAUGUUCGUGGACAACCUCGGCAGCAUCGCGGCGUUUGCGGUAGUUGGCACUCUCAUCAGCACGUGGGUGGUCGCCGAGAUGCUGCAGUGGGCCGCUGA